AUGGACUCGCUCGACCCGGCACAGCUUGUAGUCACGGUCUGCGGCAAUCUCCUCGCCGCGCUGCUCACCUACGCCCUCUACUGCCGCUUCUUCCACCCACUCGCCGGCAUCCCAGGACCUCUUCGCGCUCGAUUCGGCGUGGGCGGCUGGCUCACCGUUCGCGGCGCAAAGCGAGACUUUGGCUGGGAGUUGAAGGCCCUGCACGACAAGCAUGGACCGUUCGUCAGGAUAGGGCGAAACAUGGUGUCGGUGACGGAUCCGCGCGCCGUCGACGACUUGUACAAGUUCGGCGGCCCCGUCAAGGACAAGGCGCCGUUCUACCAGUUCUUCAAAGUCACCAAGCCCUCCCUCCUCGCCACCCUUCCUCACGCGCAGCAUCAGCUCGCUCGGCGCAGCGUCAGCCCGGCUUUCGCCAUGAACGUCCUCCUCGAUCUCGAAGAAUACGUCGACACCUGCUUCGACGAGAUUUGCGAGUACUUUGACCGGCAACUUGCGAAGGACGGAGGAAAGGCGACGGUCAACAUGGGUGACAUGCUGCAGUUCCUUGCGAUGGACGCCGUCGGCGAGAUCGCCUUCGGGCGCUCCUUCGGCCUCUGCAAAGCCGGGGCCGACACGGAGCAGUACCUCCCGAUGAUUGAUGCCUACACCGCAUCGUCCUGUCUCUCCGGCACGCAACCCUGGGCUCGCCCCGUCUUGCACCGCUGGAUCACCCGCAAACUCGGCUCGUCGGGCGCUGCCGCACUCGGUCAAAAGGCGAGUCAGGCCGUUGCGCUCCGCUUGGAGGAGAUGCGCAGGGCUGCUGAGACGGGCGAUGACUCGGGUUUGCGGCGCGAUAUGUUGAGCCGGCUUGUCGCGGCGAAGAACGCGGAUGGCUCGCCCUUCACGAUUGAGCAGGUCAAGGUCCAGGCCAACUCGAUCCUCGGCGCAGGCUCGGACACGACCAGCAUCACCUUCCGCGCUUUGCUCGCCUACAUCGUGAGGGACGAGCGGGUGUACAGGAAGGUGAUGGACGAGCUCGACGAGGCGAUCGAGAACGGCGCCGUAUCGUUCCCGAUCUCGCAGGCUGCCGGCUCGAAGCUCAGCUACUUCCAGGCCUGCUUGAAGGAGACGCUUCGUCUUCACCCGGCCGUUCCCUGGGUUCUGCCUCGCGUCGUGCCGGCUGGCGGUGCUGUCAUUGGCGGUCGUUACUUCCCAGGAGGCGUCCACAUCGGCAUGUCCCCCUUCGUAUACCAGCGCACCGACGUCUACGGUUCCGAUGCCGAGGUAUUCAGGCCCGAACGGUGGAUUGAAGCGAAUGACGAGGAGCGCAAGACGAUGGAGAAGAACCUGUUGACGUUUGGAAGCGGGAACCGCGUUUGUAUCGGAAAGCACGUCGCCCUCCUCGAGAUCACCAAACUCGCACCCUCACUCCUGCACCGCUACCGCCUCUCUUUCACGCCUCGCGGACCCUCGUCGCCUCACAAGCUACCCGGUAGGAGCGUCAAUGGCAAGUGGGACGAUGCCGAGCCGUGGCAUUGCGAGUCGCAAUGGUUUGCUCACCAGCGGGACUUCUGGAUGGACAUUGAGCAGCGCGCGGCGUGA